UCUUCCGCCACAUACUCGAUGAAGCUCCCAUUUAUGGAUUCCUGCUCUCAAGCCCUCUACAGUUCAUCUUCUCUCAAGUCAAAGUUGAGUUGUAGCGUGGGUCGCCUUCAACGCUUUUGUCAAUCCAGGACGUUGGUAACAAUGUCUUGCGAUAGUACGAAAAUCAGAGUUCCGCACGUACUCACCGUUGCCGGUUCGGAUUCCGGCGCCGGCGCCGGAAUUCAGGCGGACCUCAAGGCUUGUGCGGCGAGGGGAGUCUACUGCUCUACGGUGAUCACGUCCGUUACUGCUCAGAACACUGUGGGAGUUCAGGGCGUGCACAUUGUGCCGGAGGAUUUCUUGGCGGAGCAGCUGAGGUCGGUGCUAUCUGAUAUGCAUCCUGAUGUUGUGAAAACAGGCAUGCUUCCUUCAACUGGCAUAGUCAAGGUCCUCUGUCAGAGUCUUAAGGAGUUUCCAGUUCAAGCUUUGGUGGUUGAUCCUGUUAUGGUUUCUACAAGUGGGCACACAUUGUCUGGUCCUUCAAUCUUAGAUAGCUUUCGGGAGGAACUUCUUCCCCUGGCUGAUUUAGUGACUCCAAAUCUGAAGGAGGCAUCUGCUUUGCUUGGUGGUGUGCACUUGGAAACAUUCGAUGACAUGCGAUUUGCUGCUAAAUCUAUAUAUGAAUUUGGCUCAAGGAAUGUACUUGUGAAAGGUGGUGACCUUCCUAGUUCACUGGAUGCUGUUGAUAUAUUAUACGAUGGGAAGGAAUUCUAUGAGUUUCAGUCCCCGCGCAUAAGAACAGCAAAUACUCAUGGAACUGGUUGCACGCUGGCUUCUUCUAUUGCAGCUGAGUUAUCUAAAGGUUCUCCAAUGAUUUCUGCUAUUAAGGUAGCUAAACGCAGUGUUGAAACAGCCUUGAAUUACAGUAAGGAUAUAGUCGUUGGAAAUGGUUGUCAGGGUCCUUUUGAUCAUCUACUGAAGCUUAAGAGCAAUGCAAAGAACUUAAUUAGGCUGCAUCCUUUUGAUCCAAGUGAUCUCUUCUUGUACGCUGUUACAGAUUCACGGAUGAACAAAAAGUGGGGGCGUUUAAUAACGGAUGCAGUGAAAGCUGCCAUAGAAGGAGGUGCCUCCAUCAUUCAACUAAGGGAAAAGGAUGCAGAAACACUCGACUUUCUGGAAGCUGCAAAGGCAUGUUUGGAAAUAUGUCGACUUCAUGAUGUGCCUCUAUUGAUAAAUGACAGGAUUGAUGUUGCUCUAGCUAGUGGUGCUGAUGGCGUGCAUGUUGGCCAGUCUGACAUGCCUGCCCAUGUUGCCCGAGCUCUUCUUGGGCCUGACAAAAUCAUCGGUGUAUCAUGCAAAACACCAGAGCAAGCUCAUCGAGCAUGGGUAGAAGGGGCAGAUUACAUUGGCUGUGGCGGUAUAUAUCCAACAAACACAAAAGAAAACAACCGGACAAUCGGUUUGGAUGGAUUGAAAUCUGUAUGUCUAUCUUCAAGAUUACCAGUGGUGGCAAUUGGCGGAAUUGGCAUCUCAAACGCGGAGGCUGUAAUGGCAUUAGGAGUCCCGAAUCUGAAAGGCAUUGCUGUUGUAUCUGCUUUAUUCGACAGGGAAUGCAUUGCUACGGAAACGAGAAAGUUGCAUAAGGUGCUGACUGAGUCGGCCGCAACAGUAAACUGAAUGCUAGAGUGGACGCAAUCAGAAACCUCUCCGUUUGAAUUUCAUAUUUUUCCUGCAAUCUAAACAUUUUUUCUUCACUUGGGGGUAGUAUUCAAGAGCUAAAACAGACCAUUGGGUAUGUCUUUUUCGAUGGUUGUAACAAAUAUUUAUUUAACAUUAUUAUAAUUUUAAGCUGAUAAACAUUUGCUCCGUUAUUUAAACUUGA